GUUUGGAGGGGGGGGCAGGCGUGUGGACAACAGUCACCUGGCCCCGGAGAAGGGUGGUGGCGCUGGUGGGGGGGUUCUCCUGGGGCCGGCCCUCGGGGAUCCGUUUUUUUUGAAGGGAGGGGGUGAAAGUUUGCCCCAUGGCGCUGGUGAUGGAGCCGGUCAGCAAGUGGACCGCCGGCCAGGUGGUGGACUGGAUGAAAGGUCUGGAUGACUGCCUGCAGCAGUACGUGUGCGUGUUCGAGCGCGGAGGUGUGUGUGGCGAGAGGCUGCUCAGGAUCAGCCACGCCGAGCUGGAGGACCUGGGAGUGUCUCGCAUCGGACACCAGGAGCUCAUUCUGGAGGCCGUCGACCUGCUGUGUGCGCUGAACUCGGGCCUAGAGACGGAGAGCGUCAGGACUCUGGCUCACAAGCUCGGCGCCUCAGCCAAAAAUCUUCAGAACUUUAUCUCCGGGCGCCGGCGCAGCAGCCAGUCCGAAAGCAGAACGUCGCGGCGGCUCCCCAAUGACCUGCUGACCUCGGUGGUCGACCUCAUCACUGCCGCCAAGAGCCUGCUAGCUUGGCUGGACAGGUCUCCUUUUGCUACAGUGGCAGACUACUCGGUAACCCGAAAUAACGUCAUCCAGCUCUGCCUGGAGCUCACCACCAUCGUGCAGCAGGACUGUACGGUGUUUGAGACGGAAAAUAAAAUCCUCCACGUGUGUAAGACUCUGUCCGAGGUGUGCGAGCAUAUCGUGUGCGUGUCGUCUGACCCGCUGGUGUCCCAGUCGGCCCACCUGGAGCUCGUCCACCUCAACAAUGUCAAAGCCGCCGAAGGCCUGGGAAUGUACAUCAAGUCGACCUAUGACGGCCUCCAUGUGAUCACAGGAACCACUGAGGGGUCUCCGGCCGACCGCUGUAAGAAGAUCCACGCCGGGGAUGAAGUCAUUCAAGUCAAUCAUCAGACUGUGGUGGGCUGGCAGCUGCGCAACCUGGUUGGCUCGCUGCGGGCCGACAAGGGCGUCGUGUCCCUGACCUUGAAAAAGCGCCCGCAGAGUACGCUCAGCUCGGCUCCGGCCCUGCUCAAGAACAUGCGCUGGAAGCCCCUGGCUCUGCAGCCAACCAGAAGCCCGGGCAGCAGCUCAGCCACGCCCUCAAACACCCCCACCAAGAGCUCCGCCCUCCAGGAUCUUUACAUCCCACCUCCACCCAUGGAGCCUUACGCCCCCAGAGACGAGACGGGCGCCUUGUCUGGUGACGAAGUGUCCCGCGGCCACAGCGGGGGCGUCGCCAAACGGUCCGAUUCGCCCAACUCCUUCCUGGAUCAAGAGUCUCAGCGGCAAGAAGACGAGGAGCCGGUUUACUGCACCACGCCUACAUAUGGCAGGCUCAGGCCUAUCUCCAUGCCUGUGGAGUGCAACUGGGGGGGCGACUACGAAGACCCCGCCAAGCUUAACAGAGAAACCCGCAGAGAAGCGACGCUGAUGCGCUACGUGGGCCUGCCGGGGGCCGACGAGCGACUUGGCUCCGACGACUACGCCUCCCACACGGCCCGCCCGGGCAAGCGGUCCAACGACACUGCCAAGCGCGCCAAAAGGCGUAGCCACCACAGCCAAAGCCCCUCCCACUACAUCCUCCAGGCAAACAAGAGAGAGUCGCCACCGAGAGACCCCGCCUCCAUUUAUCACACGUACCAACAGGCCUCGUCGCUACAGACAAAGACUCGCAAGAAGAAUAAAGGACGAAGUUUGGCCGCCCUGAGUCGCAGGCGUGUUUCCUGCAAGGCGCUGGGCCGAGGUGACUGCGAGGGCUGGCUGUGGCGGAAGAGAGACGCCAAGGGUUACUUUUCUCAUAAAUGGAAGAAGUACUGGUUUGUUCUGAAGGACAACUGCCUCUACUGGUACAUCAACGAGGAGGAUGAGAAAGCAGAGGGCUUUGUCAGUCUUCCAGAGUUUAAAAUCGAUCGCGCCAGUGAAUGCCGCAAAAAGUAUGCUUUCAAAGCCUGUCACCCCAAAGUCAAGAGCUUCUUCUUUGCAGCAGAUGGAGUGGACGACAUGAACAGGUGGCUGAGUCGACUCAAUAUGGCCGCCGUGGGCUACGCAGAGCGAGAGAGGAUACGCCAGGAGCAAGAUUACUGGAGCGAGAGUGAGCAUGAGGAUGACGCCACCUCCAGCCCCAAACAGGACAGCCCGCCACCUCCAUAUGAUACCUACCCACGGCCCCCAUCAAUGAGCACUUACUUAGAAGGCCGUACUACUCGACUGUCUUCCACCGAGACGUCCCGUUCCCGCUCGUCCCAGGAGGAUUUUCUCUGCGGAGAGCCCUCUGCGGCGGCGGCCGCCGAACCACAGUACCACCCCGGCCCUAUGGUGGGCGGCACCACGCACAGCAGCAGGAGGCCAGGCGGCAGCAGCAGCAGCGACGUGCCGUACCGAUGUGACCCCGUGGAGUACCGUUCCAGUCCAGCAGGGGGCAGCAGCGACACCGGGUCCCCUGGUCGAUCUUCCUCGUCUCAGAGACGAUCCUGGCAGGACUUGAUCGAAACGCCGCUGACGGAAGCUGGACUCCACUACCUGCAAACAGGACCGCUCGAAGAUGCAGUCUUUGUGGAGCCUAGUCUGGCUGGGUCAACGUCCAUGAUGGCCGGGGCCGUGUACACGCUGCCCGCUCCGAGGAACGUACCGUUGCCUAUAGCGAUGCAGAGGCUCAUUCCCAUGGCAACCAAUGAAGGGAAACCCCGCAGCUUCACGCUGCCACGCGACAGCAACCUACACACACUGCUGGUGCUGCCCGCCAAAGACGAGCAGCAAACGCACAGCAGUGGCAGCGAGGGUGCGUCCCUCUGCGACCUGUUCCGUGCGUGCGAGCAAGGCGGCGUGUGUCCGCUCGGCCGGGAAUCCGAGGUCAGAGGUCAGUCGGAGUUCAGGCAGUCCUUCCUGCGGCGGACCGCCGACCCGCAGCUUAACGAGCGUCUGCACCGCCUCCGCAUCCUGAGCUCCACGCUGAAGGACAGAGAGGGGGAGCUAGCGCUGAUUGACAGGCUCUUGGGCGACCCCCAGCUGUCGUCCACAGAAUUCCAGGAGUGGAAGCGAGCUUAUCACGAGCUCUUUUCCCUGCCGCCAAGCGAGGCCGACGAGUCCGAGCCCGGCCCCCCCUUGACACCCUCGCUCUCCCACACUCAUUCCUACAUUGAGACCCAUGUCUGAUGCGCACACACACACGUGCGCGCCUGCGAGAAAGCAAUGGACAAUAUAGAGCCGGGAUGAUUGACAGGACUAAAAUGUCAUCUUUUACACACACACAAGAACAUUUUGGACAUCUUUUAUUACUUGUGGUUUUCUGCGUAUAUGUCACGUGUUGCUGCCUUGUUCUUCUUCUUCAUCGUGGAAUGAAGCAGUUGGGUUUUAAAUAAGACUCUAGAACAGUGUUUCUUAACCAUUGUUGGGCCUCGAGCGCCAUCUAAAGGGCCACCAAAAAUAUCGCAUUUUCUUGGUUGUAUUACACUUUUCCACCACUUGUGGCAGUAAUGACAAUCUCAAACAAACAGAAGAAGUCUGGAGCUAAAGUCAUGGAGAUGUUUCUUAAGCGCAAAAAUUAUAAUUUAAGGGGAGAAACUGUAUUUUUCCUUUCAUUAUUUCAUUGGCAGUUUAUUUAGGAAACUUAUGUUGUUUAUUAUUAAUUCAGUUAGAAUGUAUUAAAGGCCUACUGAAAUGAUUUUUUUAAAUUUAAACGGGGAUAGCAGAUCCAUUCUAUGUGUCAUACUUGAUCAUUUCGCUAUAUUGCCAUAUUUUUGCUGAAAGGAUUUAGUAGAGAACAUCGACGAUAAAGUUUGCAACUUUUGGUCGCUGAUAAAAAAGCCUUGCCUGUACCGGAAGUAGCGUGACGUCAAAGGUUGAAAGGCUCCUCACAUUUCCCCAUUGUUUUCAAUGCAGCGAGAGCGAUUCGGACCGAGAAAGCGACGAUUACCCCAUUAAUUUGAGCCAGGAUGAAAGAUUCGUGGAUGAGGAACGUGAGAGUGAAGGACUAGAGUGCAGUGCACGAUGCAUCUUUUUUCGCUCUGACCGUAACUUAGGUACAAGCUGGCUCAUUGGAUUCCACACUCUCUCCUUUUUCUAUUGUGGAUCACGGAUUUGUAUUUUAAACCACCUCGGAUACUAUAUCCUCUUGAAAAUGAGAGUCGAGAACGCAAAAUGGACAUUCACAGUGACUUUUAUCUCCACGACAAUACAUCGGCGAAACAAUUUAGCUACGGAGCUAACGUGAUAGCAUCGGGCUUAACUGCAUAUAGAAACAAAAUAAAUAAGCCCCUGACUGGAAGGAUGGACAGAAAAUCAACAGUACUAUUAAACCAUGGACCUGUAAAUACACGGUUAAUGCUUUCCAGCCUGGCGAAGGUUAACAAUGCUGUUGCUAACGACGCCAUUGAAGCUAACUUAGCAACGGGACCUCACAGAGCUAUGCUAAAAACAUUAGCUAUCCACCUACGCCAGCCAGCCCUCAUCUGCUCAUCAACACCCGUGCUCACCUGCGUUCCAGCGAUCGACAGUGCAACGAAGGACUUCACCCGAUCACCGAUGCGGUCAGCGGCUAGCGUCGGAUAGCGCGUCUGCUAUCCACCUGAAAGUCCUCCUGUUUGUGUUGCUGCAGCCAGCCGCUAAUACACCGAUCCCACCUACAACUUUCUUCUUUGCAGUCUUCAUUGUUCAUUAAACAAAUUGGAAAAGAUUCACCAACACAGAUGUCCAGAAUACUGUGGAAUUUUGAGAUGAAAACAGAGCUUUUUGUAUUGGAUUCAAUGGCGUCCGAAUACUUCCGUUUCAACGAUUGACGUCACGCGCAUACGUCAUCAUACAUAGACGUUUUCAACCGGAAGUUUAGCGGGAAAUUUAAAAUUGCACUUUAUAAGUUAACCCGGCCGUAUUGGCAUGUGUUGCAAUGUUAAGAUUUCAUCAUUGAUAUAUAAACUAUCAGACUGCGUGGUCGGUAGUAGUGGGUUUCAGUAGGCCUUUAAUUUUAGCACUGCAAAAUAGUAUGUACAUUUAUUUUUCAUCAGGUUUUAUGAGUUGGCAUUUUUGAUUCGUAUUUCAUCUUGUAAUCAGCCUUGAUUAUAAUCUUUGUGAUUAACACACGGUUUCAUAUCAUUUGACAAGAUUUUAAACUGUAAGUAGGAUAGAUAUAAUUAUUGAAUAUGAUUACAAUCAAGAGUAAGAAUAUUAAUUCAGUAUUAAUAUUUGACUGGGCCCCGGGUCCCUCUGUAGGGCAAAAGUUGUGCCCCAACGUCAAAAAGGUUAAGAACCCCUGUUCUAGAAUAUUUCUUCAUAGUUUGUAUGAGGUGCUUUUAACUGCAAAGGAGACCACAUUUGUAUUUUUCCCUAGUUGACCGUCUCUGGACUAAAUUAAAAUGUUGUAUUGUUAAGAAAAAACAUCCAGAACAUUAGGUACAAAGCUCAACAAGAACUGAUGAUUUGUGGCUACAGUAGGUGUUCCUAAUGUUUUGGUCGCUGAGUGGUUAGCAUAUAAACAAGCACAAAGUCCCACAACCACAACAAUUAAGCACAAAAAGCUGAAUGCUCUCUCCAUGCUGCCAUUGCUUGUCUUUGUUGUAAAUAAGCACGUUAGUAUAUAUUUAUUCUUAGUACUUUCCGUGCUCUAAACCUCCAGAUGCUGACUAUGAGAUUGUUUUUAGGAGUGUUUUAUGAUCAAGCUACAAAUCAAAUUAAAAAAGCAGUAUUUACGUCUGUCGUAUAAAGCGGAUGGAUCAAUAAAGUUUGGUCGUUUGGAGGAAGAUGCGUUGUUUUUGUGUUUAUGGCAUUAAAGGGGAACUGCACAUUUUUUCUUUUUUUUCCUGUCAUUCACAAUCUUUAUGUGAGAAAAGCCCACAUAUUUUUUUAUUUUUUAUGCAUUCUAAAUUGUAAAUAAACACUCGCAAAAGUCAGCUAAAUCAUCAUUAUUUUUUUAGUUUUGCACUGGUUUAUUUCAGGACAAAUAUGGGUUGCUGCAGCAAUUGGGACCUCGUUGUGCCGCUUUGAUGGUGCCAGGUAAACGAAAAAUCAAAAACACAACCGGUUCCAUGCUGAAGUUUAAUCAAUAAACGCUACUUAAUCACCAAAAUAU